AGCAUGGCCGGCAGCAUGGCCGAUGGCGCCAACCAGCUGCCCUUCUUCUUCGGCAACAUCACUCGCGAGGAGGCAGAGGACUACCUGGUCCAGGGCGGCAUGAGCGAUGGGCUCUACCUGCUGCGCCAGAGCCGGAACUACCUGGGCGGCUUCGCGCUGUCGGUGGCUCAUGGCCGCAAGGCGCACCACUACACCAUCGAGCGUGAGCUCAACGGCACCUACGCCAUCGCAGGGGGCCGGACCCACGCCAGCCCUGCCGACCUCUGCCACUACCACUCCCAGGAGUGCGACGGCCUCAUCUGCCUCCUCAAGAAGCCCUUCCACCGGCCCCCUGGCGUGCAGCCCAAGACCGGGCCCUUUGAGGACCUGAAGGAGAACCUCAUCAGGGAAUAUGUGAAGCAGACGUGGAACCUGCAGGGCCAGGCACUGGAGCAGGCCAUCAUCAGCCAGAAGCCACAGCUGGAGAAGCUGAUCGCCACCACGGCCCACGAGAAGAUGCCCUGGUUCCACGGGAACAUCUCCCGGGAGGAGUCGGAGCAGAUUGUGCUGAUCGGGUCCAAGACCAACGGCAAGUUCCUGAUCAGGGCCAGGGACAACAACGGCUCAUACGCGCUAUGCCUGCUGCACGAGGGGAAGGUGCUGCACUACCGCAUCGACCGCGACAAGACAGGCAAGCUCUCCAUCCCCGAGGGCAAGAAGUUCGACACACUCUGGCAGCUGGUUGAGCAUUAUUCGUAUAAACCCGACGGUCUCUUGCGAGUGCUUACGGUUCCCUGUCAAAAGAUUGGCGCCCAGGGACAUGUGAAUUUCGGAGGUCGUCCACAGCUCCCAAGUUCCCAUCCUGCGACUUGGUCCGCGGGUGGAAUAAUCUCAAGAAUCAAAUCCUACUCCUUCCCAAAGCCCGGCCACAGAAAGCCCACCGCCUCCCAGGGGAGCCGGCCGGAGAGUACCGUGUCCUUCAACCCCUAUGAGCCAGAGGUGGCGUCCUGGGCUGCGGACAGAGGCCCCCAGAGAGAAGCCCUGCCCAUGGACACCGAGGUAUACGAGAGUCCCUACGCAGACCCUGAGGAGAUCAGGCCCAAGGAGGUGUACCUGGACCGUAAGCUGCUGACACUGGAAGACAAAGAACUGGGCUCUGGGAACUUCGGGACUGUGAAAAAGGGCUACUACCAAAUGAAAAAAGUCGUGAAGACGGUGGCUGUGAAGAUCCUGAAGAACGAGGCCAACGACCCCGGCCUGAAGGACGAGCUCCUGGCCGAGGCCAACGUCAUGCAGCAGCUGGACAACCCCUACAUCGUGCGCAUGAUCGGCAUCUGCGAGGCCGAGUCCUGGAUGCUGGUCAUGGAGAUGGCCGAGCUGGGGCCACUCAACAAGUACCUGCAGCAGAACAGGCAAGUCAAGGAUAAGAACAUCAUAGAGCUGGUGCAUCAGGUGUCUAUGGGAAUGAAGUACUUGGAAGAGUGCAAUUUUGUGCACAGAGACCUGGCGGCAAGAAACGUGUUGCUGGUCACUCAACAUUAUGCCAAGAUCAGUGAUUUCGGACUUUCCAAGGCACUUCGUGCCGAUGAAAACUACUACAAGGCGCAGACGCAUGGGAAGUGGCCGGUGAAGUGGUACGCCCCGGAGUGCAUCAACUACUACAAGUUCUCCAGCAAGAGUGACGUCUGGAGCUUUGGGGUGCUCAUGUGGGAGGCCUUCUCCUACGGGCAGAAGCCAUACCGGGGGAUGAAGGGGAGUGAAGUCACCGCCAUGCUGGAGAAGGGCGAGCGCAUGGGGUGCCCCGCCGGGUGUCCCAGGGAGAUGUACGAGCUCAUGAACCUGUGCUGGACUUACGAGGUGGAGAACCGGCCAGGGUUCACUGCAGUGGAGCGGAGGCUCCGUAACUACUACUAUGACGUGGUGAACUAGCAGCUC